AUGUACAUUCAACUUCGUUCCCUGAGAGUUGCUGAUGUCCCCUACAUCAAUGUCGAUAAAGCCGUCUUCUCCAUCUCCCCAGGGUCACUAUUCGAUGUCAACUCCUACGCUCGGAGUGCUAUUGCUACGAGCAGCAUUGCAUCUGGUCUCGGCAUCGCAUGUGACGCGUGGUUUCUUCUAAGAUGCAACUGGGCAGACGUACAGACAUUCAUUGCUCGUGCUCGGGAUGUAUACGGCUCUUACUUCUUCUUCUCCCUCUCAGCGCGUGUCCUAGGUCUCUGGAUGUUCAUCUCCACCCUCUCCCUCAUGCUCUUCCUCGAGCUUGUGGCUUUCGACGCCUGGCCAGAAAGUGUGAUCACUAUUUGUUCCAUGGUAGGGGUGGUUAUGUCCCUGCAGUUUUUGGUUUAUGGCACGCAUUGGUGUGUGGGGCGAGUGGUUGAGGGUGGGCGGAUGGGUAUCAGAGCAGUUAGGAGGGUUACGGGUUGCUCAUAG